AUGGGGAACACCAUAUCAUACAAAGUCGAGGAACAUCAGCUUGACCUCGAUGAAGGAAAGGGAUCCAUAAUAGGACUUCAAUAUGAUUCAAAGGCACGGCGGUAUGCAGGGAUACCAUAUGCGUUACCUCCCGUAGGAAAUCUACGCUGGCGAAAGCCACAACCACUUCCUGUCAAUUAUACUUAUGCAUCACAUGAUGGUAAACCAUUCGACGCAACAGAAUUUGGACCAAUCUGUCCACAGGCCGCUUAUAUGACAGCUAAGAAAAAUGGAACACCUGAAGAGGCAUUUGGUGAAGAUUGCUUAAGACUCAAUAUCUGGACACCAGUCAAAUCAACUGAGGGCAAGAAAUGGCCAGUAAUGCUAUGGCUUCAUGGAGGGUGGUUUCAAAUGGGUGAUCCAUCACAUGAGCCGGUAAUGAAUCCAACCGAACUCAUCUCAACAGGGGAGUUGAAUGCCAUUGUGGUAGCUAUAGGCUACAGAUUGAACCUCUUUGGCUUUCUUGCGGGUGAUGCCUUGCAAGCAGAAAACGACAAUGCCGAAGCAGGUAAUUAUGGUUUGUGGGAUCAAAGACUGGCUAUCGACUGGGUUCGAGAGAACAUAGCACAAUUUGGAGGUGAUGUAGAGAACAUUACCUUAGCAGGGAGAAGCGCAGGCGCGUACGCCGUGCAUGCGAACGCCAUGUAUGAGUUCCAGAAUCCAGCGACCCAAGCUACCUCUCCGUCGUUCCAUCGCAUUGUCAUGAUGUCCAAUGCCAUUCCAGCGCAACCCAAGACACUUGUCGAAUGCCAAGACCAAUUUGAUGAGCUUUGCCAGUUCUUUAACAUUUCAAAAGAUUCCAGUGGUGUCGAGAAACUAGCCGCGCUGCGCCAAACAGGAUCAAAAGAACUGGUAGACGCCAUUAUGAAAUUGAAGCAUCACACAUUCCGCCCUGUAACCGACUCGUCAUUCAUCCAGCCUGGCAUGAUAGACUAUCAUCGCAGUGGCGAAUUCGCAAAAGAAUUCAAACGGCGCAACUUCAAAAUACUUAUCGGCGAAAUGUUAAAUGAAGAAACAUUAUAUGCUGCAACUAAUGGUCCUGAGGCGAAUGAAGAAUCUCUUCGUCUACAGGUAUCCAAUUACUAUGCGCCUGCAACAACGUCUCGCGUGUUAAAACACUACAAGCUUCCAACCACGGAAGAGAAGGAUGAAUGGACUGCCUUAUAUGGUCAUAUCAUCUCGGAUGGCCAAGUACGGGCACCAUCUCGGUUCCUGGUAAACAGCCUCUUUUCAAAUGGUGUGGGAGUUGAAAAUAUUUGGCGAUAUAAGAUUUCGUAUCGGCUAUCAUUCAUAACAGAUGCUGUAGCACCAAGGAGCUUUGGUGUAGCUCACGCGAUGGACAAGCCACUCUGGAAUUUUUCGAUAAUGCACGGCCCAACUGAGCAAGAACUUGUGCUGAUGAAAGAUUGGAUCCGUGACUUGGUCGCAUUCGUUGGUGCUGAGGAUGAGUAUCGAUAUGGUACGAAGGAGAUUGAUGACUUCAAAGUCGCUACGCCCGAGCGGACAAUUGAGAUCCAGAAGGAUACUAGGUGGAAGGAGCUCCUAGAACUUGCUGAUACAUUUUCUGGUUGUAAAUUUCAACCCUAG